AUGUCGCUCGUGUCCGGCGAGAAGACGAACUUCCAGUACAUCUUGCGUCUGCUCAACACCAAUGUUGACGGCAAGCAGAAGAUCAUGUACGCCCUGACCAAGAUCAAGGGUGUUGGUCGCCGCUACUCCAACCUGGUCUGCAAGAAGGCCGAUGUCGACCUCUCGAAGCGUGCCGGUGAGCUUACCACCGAAGAGCUCGAGCGUAUCGUCACCAUCCUCCAGACCCCGACCCAGUACAAGAUCCCUUCGUGGUUCCUGAACAGACAGCGCGACAUCACCGACGGCAAGGACUCCCAGGUCGUCUCCAACGGUCUGGACAGCAAGCUCCGUGAGGACCUGGAGCGCCUGAAGAAGAUCCGCUCGCACCGCGGUCUGCGUCACUACUGGGGCCUGCGUGUCCGUGGCCAGCACACCAAGACGACCGGUCGCCGUGGCCGCACCGUCGGUGUCAGCAAGAAGAAGGGCUAA